GAAGCGUGAACCAAUCACAAGACAGUUCGAGAAAACAAUCCCCUCUUUCACUUUCCUCAUUUGACAUCCAUGGCUAGGGUGUUUGAGCCUCUUGUGGUGGGAAGAGUCAUAGGAGAUGUUCUUGAGGAUUUCUCUCCCAGCAUCAAAAUGAGUGUGGUAUACAACUCCAGCAAGCAAGUCUGCAAUGGCCAUGAGUUUAUGCCCUCUGCGGUACAACCCAAGCCCAGGGUUGAGGUUAAUGGAGGUGAUCUCAGAUCUUUCUUCACUCUGAUUAUGACUGACCCUGAUGUUCCAGGCCCCAGUGACCCUUACUUGAGGGAGCAUCUCCACUGGAUGGUGACGGACAUUCCAGGGACAACAGAUGUUAGCUUUGGAAAGGAGGUUGUGGCUUAUGAGUCACCCAAGCCAUAUAUUGGCAUACACAGGUUCGUGUUUGCUUUGUUCAAGCAGAAGAAAAGGCAAUCUGUUAGCCCUCCUCCAUCAAGAGACCACUUCAACACCAAGAAGUUUGCACGUGACAACGAUCUUGGUCUUCCUGUUGCUGCUGUUUACUUCAAUGCCCAGAGAGAGACUGCCGCAAGGAGGCGCUAGAGAGAGAGAGAGAGAGAGAGAGAGAGAGAGAGAGAGAGGGAGAGGCGCCUCUCGUUGGUCUAAGUAAAGGUUUAGAUGAAAAUAAAAAAGAGCUUUCUACGAGUGAUAAGGUGUAGCGCCAUAAAAUAGGAGACGUGUUUGGCUUGCUUAGUUACAGUGUUGCACUAGUCUGUCUACAGUUCGUCACGGUGUGGAUCUUUUCCUGUCGUGGAUCACAUGGGUCUUUGCUUAUUGCUUUGAUUCAACGAAUGUAAUGAGAUGUAUGGAAGCACAUAACUAUGCUGUAUGUGUAA